UGCUUGUCAGCUCCAGUCUGGGAUGGCGGAGGCCUUGAAUAAUUUAAAAAAAGACUACAGAGCAAGAUUCUGCCAUGAAGGAGGAAAUAAGAUUGAUCUACAGCAAGGUCGAAAUUUAGUGAAACUCAUAAAGGAUUGUUUUGAAGGUUGUAGCAGUCAUCUUACAAUAAACUCUCCAAGUUGCUCAACCUUUGUUUUGAAAAAUGAGGAGAGGACUUCAAUGCAGAGCCAAAAGCCCAAGCCAGAGUCAACCAGCUUUGUCAAAAGAGCCUCUGAGUCUGCAGAUCUCUCACCUGCAUCACUGCUCAAGCCUGUCAGCAGCAGAGGACAGUCUUGUGAAUCGCAUGUGAAGCCUACAACACGCAAUGAUGUAGCUCUUUCUGAAAAAACAGAGUCUCUUGUAUCUGAAAGUGAGAAAAAGACUACAAUAAAAGAUGUUGAAGCACUGUGCCAGCGUCCAUCUGUGCUUUUAGGCUCUGAGGAUAAUUGUGGGUCUGCUCAAUCACCUUUUCCUGUGAAGAAAGUGCAAAGUUCUCCUGUAGUUAAAUUGUGUUUUGAUAACUGGAGUAUGCCAGCUGCAGGAGAGAGCCAUGGUGAAGUUAAAAAUUUGGAAGGACCUCAGCCUAGGAGACAUGAGGAGGUUGUUCCUGUGCAAGGAACAGAAGGUGUUACUGCAUCAUCUGCUUGGACUGAGAAGCCUUGCUCUUCAGCUAUCUUAUCAGCUGUAGCAACAAGAACACUUGGACAGAGAUAUUCAACCUCAAUAUCACCUCCAUCGCCUCGUCCUGUGAAACAGCAAGAUAGAGAAAUAGAAGAUGAAUGUGAAUUUUUAAUUGAUGAAUCAAGUAGUGCAUCUUCUAGUUCUUGGAUUUUUAUACCCAGUAAGAAGAAAAAAUCAAAAAGUGGUGGCUCUGCAUCUCCCAUUUCUAAACCUCAGCCCUCUGAUAAGAAGAAAAUGCAGAAUAAGAAAGUCAACAGAAAAGCACAGGUUGGAGCACUUAGUAAAGAGAAACAGCAUCAUCUAAAUGUUGGAACUUUUGACUCCAAAGAAAUGUCAGAGUCAGAUCCAAUCCCUAAUACAAGUGAAGAAAAUGUCCUUAUGUCUCAAAGCCAAAAGAGUACUCAUAUGGGAAAGACUAAAAAGUAUGCACUUAGACAAGACUCUCCAAAGCAGAACAAGAACACAUCCUGGAGACCACAAGCUGAAGAACUGAUAUUGUCAUGGCCUGAAUUGGAAACAAACGCAUCUGAUGAAGAGCAGUGUGAUACAAGGAUGUUGCCAAGUGAGGAUUUGCCUAUGCCCUCAUCUGGGCAUCAGGAAGAGCAGACUGUGUCAUUAAAAAUGUCUGUCAGCUCUUCCAAGAAUCUGCAGUUGUCUUCUAAAGCUUCACAGGAUUUAGUUAAGGGGAAACAAGCCGCCAAGCAGAAACUUAGAAAAGUCAAAGUAGCUAAGAGAGAGACAGUAAGUCGAAGGAAGAAGCCUGAAAAAUCCAUCCAGCAAAGUAGUAGUAAAAAGCCUCAGUUACAGAGAGAGGAGAGUUCUGACAGUGAACCUGGUGAAGAAGAGCUUGAAAGAGAGCCUAUAAAAUUGAAUGAAGUGCGCACCACACCCUUGCAUCAGGAAUUAGAGACUCCUGUGAUUCAGGAGUCCAAAAAGCGUAGAAAUGUAUUAGACACACCAGAGUCACCUGGUGGUGCAAAUAACAGAACUCCUCUGAAAGCACUCUCACAUCCCAUGGAGAGUGUGAAGAGUCCUGAAAAGAAACCGUUGUCUGCCAAGUCUUCAGGGAAGAUACGUAGAACCAGGAAAGCUCUUUGCUCAAGCCCUGAAGACACUGACUCUCAAACAGAUUGUGACCGCUCUUCUGUACAGGACGUGGCAAGGAAAAAACGCAAGUUACCAGAUGUGAAAGGAAAAAGUAACAGAAGAACACAUAAUGGGCAGCAUGGACCACAGGGUUCCUUUGUAGCUGAGAAAGUUGAGAGUUUUGAAAGUGGGCCUGUUCUAAAAGAUUGUAAUAAAUUUGCUUCCAGCACUGAGUCUUCUGACUCAGAGAAUGAUACAUCUUCAGAUACCUCUGAAGAUUUGAAUUAUAAAUUAAGACAUCUGUUAUCACACACAACAGCAAGGCAUAAAAUAGUAAUGCCUUCCAACACACCUAAUGUUCGUCGGACUAAAAGGAUACGGCUGAGACCUCUGGAAUAUUGGAGAGGAGAGCGCAUAAAUUAUACUGUGGAUCCUUCAGGAGAGCUUGUGAUUAGUGGACUAGUGCUUCCAGAAACACAAUCUCCCAGGAAGAGUAAAAAGAGGAAGAAGGAUCAUCCCAAGCAGAAAAGAGCUAAAACAAAUAGAAGAGAGAUACCUGCAAGUUUGGACCACAGCCUAGCUGAUGCUUCUAAGCCAACUAUUGUAGUGGACCCAGUAACAAAUAAGGAAGUGCAUCGAGAUUGCAUAAACGCUGAAAGCAGCCGCACUUGCGUCAUCAAAGAUGAAGCAGUAGAAAUAUACAAAGAUUUGAGUACAUCUCUUUUUGCAACUGGUGUAUUGAUUCUGAAACCAUAUAAAGAAAAAGGGCACCAGUUUGUGCACACGGAUACAGUAGCUUUCCGUAUUAUCCAUGGCAAGGUUAUUGUAACGUUACAUAAGACAUCGUAUUGCCUGACUGAAGGGGACUGCUUCUAUGUUCCAGCAGGAAAUGGAUAUAACAUACGUAAUCUUCUGAAUGAAGAAAGUGUUUUUCUCUUCACACAACUCAAAGACAGGUGAAGAACUUUCUGUGAAGAAGUUUGCUUAAACAUUUGGCCAAGUUUUGUAUGUUCUGAAGUUCUUUUUACAUACAGAAAUGUUUGAGUGGGCCCACCCUAA